UGCGUGGAGGCGCCGCCGGGAGUUGCCACGUCCGAGGCCGGUUGCGCCGCAGCCAUGGUGUCAGUAAUCAACACCGUGGACACCUCGCACGAGGACAUGAUUCACGAUGCUCAGAUGGAUUACUAUGGCACGCGCCUGGCCACCUGCUCCUCUGACAGGUCCGUUAAGAUCUUUGACGUGCGCAACGGGGGACAGAUCCUCGUGGCUGACCUCAGAGGACAUGAAGGGCCCGUGUGGCAGGUGGCCUGGGCCCACCCCAUGUAUGGCAACAUCCUGGCAUCCUGCUCCUAUGAUCGCAAAGUCAUCAUCUGGAAGGAGGAGAAUGGCACCUGGGAGAAGACACAUGAGCACUUGGGCCACGACUCCUCAGUGAACUCGGUGUGCUGGGCCCCGCACGACUAUGGCCUCAUCCUGGCCUGCGGGAGCUCAGAUGGGGCCAUCUCACUGCUCUCCUACACUGGGGAAGGCCAGUGGGAAGUGAAGAAGAUCAACAACGCGCACACGAUCGGCUGCAAUGCUGUCAGCUGGGCACCCGCUGUCGUUCCGGGAAGCCUCAUAGACCAGCCCUCGGGGCAGAAACCCAGUUACAUCAAGAAGUUUGCCUCGGGAGGAUGCGACAACCUCAUCAAGCUGUGGAGGGAGGAUGAGGAUGGCCAGUGGAAGGAGGAGCAGAAGCUGGAGGCGCACAGCGACUGGGUCCGUGACGUGGCCUGGGCCCCCUCCAUCGGGCUGCCCACCAGCACCAUUGCCAGCUGCUCUCAGGAUGGCCGCGUAUUCAUCUGGACGUGCGACGAUGCCUCAGGCAGCACCUGGUCUGCCAAGUUGCUACACAAGUUCAACGAUGUCGUGUGGCACGUGAGCUGGUCCAUCACUGCCAACAUCCUUGCAGUCUCAGGGGGAGACAAUAAGGUGACACUGUGGAAGGAGUCGGUGGAUGGGCAGUGGGUGUGCAUCAGUGACGUCAACAAGGGCCAGGGGUCUGUGUCCUCGUCCGUCUCGGAGGGCCAGCAGAACGAGCAGUAAGAGGACAGGCUUCCGGGCUCAGCUGAGCGACGCUGGCGAGGAGAGCACCGAGCGCCCCGAGCCUCUUCCCGGGGUAGGGGCGUCUGUCCACCGUGCGUGGCUGCGGCUGGCGACCUGCCCUGUGACAGCCUUCACACAAUGGGAACUGCAGAAGAUCUUCAAAGCAGUUAUUUUAACUAUUUUGGGCCAUUUUUUAUGUAACUUUGGGUUCAGACAUUAUUUGGGGUUGUUUCCAGUGUAAUAAAAUCAUAUUGCUUCUAA